AACAUUUCGCCAGCAGUUGCAUGUGGUGGUAGACGUUCGUGGUGAUAUAUGCUGCAAUUAAUCUUUAUAAUAUAUUUCAACGAUGAUUAUGGAAAACGUGAAUCCGUAGUUCGUGUGAAGAUGUUUUAAAUACGAUUUAGCCGUACUGUAGAGUAGUAGACGUAGGUAUUUUCUCCACCCAAGGCAUACUUGAACAGCGACUAGGAAGUUCGCCAUGUCUGAACUCAAAUAUUGAUUUGACCGACACGGGAGUCAUUUUCUCGUUUUGCACAAAUUGAUUUGUCCAUUAUCAUAUCGGACACAUUUGGAAACCUAAAAGUAUAGGCUACAGUUUCAGUAAAUAAUUGAAGUGAAAGCUGUUGACGAUUUAAAUGGGUGGUUCUGUUAAAUGAAUGUUAAUAACUUUUACAACGUUACAACAUUUUCUGUACUCGUCAUUUCAACAACAGGCACAGGCUCUGAGGCAAUAAGUUGAGCAACAGGACAAGCAUGUCUGUUCAGUUCACUUGAGCUUGAACUAGCCUCACUAUUCAGCACUGUGUGCAUUUUUUCCAGUCCCCCAAAACUAAAUUGUUAUUUUCUAUGCUUAUUAGGAAUCCUAACAUUGUGUUGUACUGCGUGGACAUUUUAACAUGGAUCAUCCAGGUGAUGCGCUACAUGCUAUUUUAGCCUUUGCUUCUUAAUCAAACAUAUUUUAAUACGUCAAUAGCCUGUUCGUGUUCAAUCCCUCAUGAAAUCAGAGAUCUCAUGUUUUCUACUUUAACGUAAAGUAAUUUAAUUGUUCUAGUUGAGAGUAGGACGGUAUAGCCCACUGUACUUUAAAUGUCAUUGGGUAAAUAGGGUAGCUGAUGUCGUGGAAUAGGAAACCUUUUUUAGAAGCAACUUAGUCUAUUGCACACACAAGACGGAAUGUACUAAAUGCGAGACACGUUGCGCGAACAAGCCAUAUCGAGAUGGCCACCGCUAUCUCCUCGGAGGUGGCUAUUCUGUAUUUCAGUAAUACAAUUAAAAUAUGUAAUCCCCCCCCCCCCCCCAACACACACACAUAUAAAAAUCUUAUGAACUAAUAUUCUGAACGAGUUGAUGAAAAAAAUACCUUGAAACAUAUUGAGCAUUCUGUCUGUAUUGGCACAAUGGCGCCGCCUAUUGGGCAGCAAAGACACUCAGACUGAAAUGAUUCAGACAGCAUGGCCUCCACGGCAGAAGGCUGCAUACAAUUCACCCGCCAUGCAGGCGAUAUCCUCCUUAACUUCAACCGUCUACGCAGUAGAAACAUCCUCACCGAUGUCACCAUUCAGGUGGAUGGACAGUGUUUCAGAGCUCACAAGACUGUAUUGGUGGCCUGCAGUGGCCUCUUCUACUCGGUAUUCAUGGACUCUCAAAAGGGCAACCUCAGCGCCAUCAGCUUGGACCCCAAAGUGGAUCCUGAGGGCUUUGCCAUCCUGCUGGAGUUUAUGUACACGUCCUGCCUAACUCUGAAAGAGAGUCUGGUUCUGGCCACCAUGAACACUGCAGCAUACCUCCAGAUGGACCACGUGGUGGACACCUGUCGCAGGUUCAUCAAGUCCAGGGGUAUGUCUCUGAGUUUGCAUACUGAAGAUGUACAGGACAGCCUGAUGCAUGUGUCUCAGGAUGGGCCUGGAUUUAAGACCGUUCUUGGCACAGAGACGUGCCCCAGGUCCAACCACACAUCCGCCCCUCCUCUCAGAGACUCGAGGGCCUACGGCCCCAGUGUGUUCAGUGGGAUAAAUGCCUCUGGCAGCUCCUACCAUGUGUACGGACACCUGCCCAUCCCUUUAGGAAAACUGUCUGAAGCCUGCAAAAUCAGCGACCUUCCCAAAGGGGGCACCCUACCUCUGAAUCUAUGCUCUCAGGUCUAUGAGGGCACCGAGGCCGCCACCACAACCACGACCACCAUCAUCCACCACCCUCUGUCAUCUCACUCAUCCUCCUCUCCUGUCAUCUGCAAUUCGGGAGCCCUCCGGGGCCUCCAGGCACCUACAUCCUCCAUGGAAGAUUGUACCCAGCACCCACAGCCUAGCCCCCACAGCAUGUCCCCAGGCUGUGGUAAAGGAGUGAUCUGCAGCCCGCAGAGCCCCCACCGGUCCGACUGUCACCCCAACUCUCCAACUGAGUCCAGCAGCAGCAAGAACGCAGCCCUGUCUGUUACCCAGCCCCGUGGCUGCAAGGAGGAGCCCAAGGCCCACAACUGGAAGAAGUACAAGUUCAUUGUGAUGAACCAGACCUCUGACGAAAAGGAAGAGGAGGCCGAGGGAGGCAGGACGGAGGCUAGGGGCUGCUCACCUCCACUGGGCCGUUACUUGGCCAGCGAACUAGAUGGACACAUGGAAGUUCAGUCUGGCAAUAUGGGCAGUGAGCAUGAUAAAGAGCUUUCUGUCCCUCAGACUGGCCAUCACAUCAGCAGCAUCAACAGCCAUCUGAGAUGCUCCACCUGUGGCUCAGAUACACCUCAUCACCGGGACAUGUGUCUGCGCUCCCCUGGCUCUUACAGUGGGGAGGAGACCAGCGAGAGGCACUCUGAGUACUCUGAUUCAAGCUGUGAGAACGGUACCUACUUUUGCAACGAGUGUGACUCCAAAUUCUCUGAGUCUGAUUCUUUGAAAGACCACAUGCUCCAGGCCCACAGUGACAAGCCUUACAAGUGUGACCAUUGUCAAGCGGCCUUCCGCUACAAGGGGAAUCUGGCCAGCCACAAGGCUGUCCACACAGGUGAAAAGCCAUAUCGCUGCAACAUCUGUGGGGCUCAGUUCAACCGCCCAGCCAACCUGAAGACCCACACCCGCAUCCACUCUGGAGAGAAGCCGUACAAGUGUGAGACGUGCUGUGCUCGCUUUGUACAGGUGGCCCACCUGCGUGCCCACGUUUUGAUUCACACGGGAGAGAAGCCAUACCCUUGCGAGAUCUGUGGAACACACUUUCGCCAUCUUCAGACAUUGAAGAGUCACCUGCGCAUUCACACAGGGGAAAAGCCUUAUCAUUGUGAGAAAUGUGACCUCCACUUCAGACACAAGAGCCAGCUGAGGCUCCACCUGAGACAAAAGCACGGUGCAGUCACCAAUACCAAGACUCAGACCCGGAGACCCAACACUGACAUCCUGGCCGGCUUGGCCAAAGCUUGCUGAGACAACACUAGGACUUUUGAAUCCCAGUCCAGACUGUUGGUCAAAAUCAAGCUGUCUUCGUACCGUAUAAUCUGAGAAUUAGUUUGGCUUUAUAUGUACUUCAGAUAUGGAAGUACAGCUGUUUUGUAAUUUUUGUAUGUUUGUAAAUAAGUUCAAACAGAAGUAUGUACAUAAGAUUUUAAAAUGUUUCUACUUCAUAGAUUUUCAUUAAAUGUACCUGGACAUCUUUUUAUUGUAAUACAAUGGCAAAACUAUUAUUUCAGUCAUGUAAUUUUCAGGAAAUGUGAACUUCAAAACCUCAACUGUACAACAUUUUGAAAUGAUCAUUCAAAUUAAGUAAACUUUCAUUGGUACAUUGUUAUAUUUGGUUAUGAAUUUUGAUUGUAUAAGCUAAUGAACUAUACUUUUUAGUUUAUCAUAGUUUAUUGUGAAUAUAAAAUAUAAUAUAUCUUUACAGAUUGCCCUCUGCUGGCAGAGAAUUAUAAUUUACAGAAAGGUACUUCUGUGUUGUCUGCUAUAUCUUGUCAGUAAGCAAGGGUUUGUGUUAUCACAUUGUGUAAUAGUAAUGAGCACCCUUGUAGCUAUGUAUGCAAUGUAUUCAAGGUGCCUUACUUUAAGCUACUUUUGUGCAGUAUAUCAGUACUGUAAUUUCUUUUUCCUGCGCUUUUUGUCAAGUUUAAAAUGCUGUAAAUACACCUAGUCUCGAGCUGCGUCCUCAGGAAUGUUAUGAAAGGAUCUUUGUUACUGCAGAGCUUAAUGUAGAGGAUAUAAAUAAAAUGAAUGUUUGGUGAAAAUAAGUAUGUUGUGUAUUUGCUACCCAGUGAAGAAUCAGUAGUAUAUUAUCUUUAAGUUGUCAACAUUGGCAGGUGGUCUGGGAUACACCUAAAUAAAAGCCUCUUGUCAAAUGUAGUCAUACU